AUGCUCCAGCACCUCAAUAUCUUUCAUGUAGUGAGGGGCCCAAAACUCAACACAGGACUUGAGGUGCAGCCUCACCAGUACCAAGUACAGGGAGAUCACUGCCCUGGUCCUGGUGGCCAUGCUAUUCUUGGUACAGGUCAGGAGGCUAUUGGCCUUACUGACCGCCUGUACACUUGCUGGCUCAUGUUCAACCAGCUAUCAACCGGAAAAGUGUGUGCUACACCAAUAUAUUUCACCAUAGAAAGAAACUGUCAAGCGAGGAGUCUGGCUCAUCUCUCAGGUAAUGUGGAAACAGUCAACAGAACAAAUGUUAAACUUUACACCUCUGGACACUUAAAUCAUAGCAAGCUUUAUAAGCCUUCAGAGAAAAUAAAACAGGGAUGAUGGUACUCUGCCAGGGAACAAACUAGUUUCAUAAUGGAAAGAAGUCAAUUCACAGCUGAAAAUGAGAGAGCAAGAAAGAUGAAAAGAUUUUCAGGUAACUUUUGUUAGCUUCCAACAAAGGCUGAAUCUUCUUGCCCUAGCAGCAGACAUCCACAGUCAACUGUGACUGGUGUUAGUGCCUAAGCAGAUUUUUCUAUUCCACUGGAAUUGCUAAAGUGGAAAGCACUUAAAAAGAAAGUAGAGGAUGGAACUGACAGACUCCAUAGAGUCAUCAAAGUGAGUCAAGAUGAGUUAGAUGUGUCAGAGACUGUGAUGCUGAAAAAACAAACGAACAGCUGACAGUGUGCUGUAGAUCUUGUCAAGGAGGAAUACCAGUUCAUACCUUCAUACUUGGCCAGUGUAGCUAAAAUGGAACAGUUUGACAAGUUCCUAGAUUUCCAGAAGGAGUUCAUAGCAAACCGUGAACAGUUACAGAAUGAUUUAACAGGGAGAAAAGUAUCAGAGCAGCAUGAAAGUAAGCUGGCUAAGGAACACCAGAUAACAUGUGCUUGUGAUCCCCUCCAUUUCAAGCAACUACAGGUUGUUGAGGAAGCAUUUGAAGAUAUAUGCAACAGGUCUCUGAUAUUUUGUGGUAUUCUGAAGGAAAUGAAGAAAAUAAAUAUUCCUACACUUUAG